CGUCCCCAACAAUCGCGGCUUCCAACCCGUCGCCGCCCUCCCGCACGCUUGCGCCCUCCGCGAGCGUCGCGCGGCCCUGCAUUUCGUUCCGGCUUUUGUUAGGUGACUCCUUUCCAUUCAGUGGUUAUGGUGCCGCCUGUGCACCAGGAGCCUAGUAUCAUGCCAAUCAAUACAAUGGCGGAGAAGGAGUUCGAAGAAAAGGAAGUGUUAUGCACGCACAAAAAGCCCAAAGCUACAGGGUGUGUUGCCCAACCGCAGCAGGAAAUCAAACUCGCCAUUGAGAGUGAGGAUAAAGGACAUGAUGAUCCUUCACUAAAAGAGUCUGCUUGUGUGGUGCUGAGCAAUGGUGACGCAAAUGGUUGCAGUGAGGGGCAUGUUCUUGGCGGUGCAAAUAAAGAAGCAGCAGCAAGGUCGAGAUUGUCUCAAAUCUGUAGUGCAAUUGGCUGGAAGUGUCCAACAUAUGAGUUCGAAGAACAUGGACGUGGCCACACAAAACUGUUCACAUGCAAGGCGACUGUCCACGUGGAGACAUUCACAGACACUGUUGUGGAGUGCGUCAGUGAACCCAAACCCCAGAUGAGAGCUGCACAGGAACAAGGUGCUCAAGGUGUGUUAUGGACCCUCAAGUGCCUUGGUCAUGUGAAAUAGCUCUAGACGUGCCCCAUCAGGCGCGGCGCGGUGUCUGUCUGCCCUCUUGUUGGCAUCUGCUGAUCCAUCAUAAGAGCGGUUUCUGCCCUUUCUUGAAUCCAUGGCUGAACUUGUAGUGAUCACGUUGCCAGCUGAUGCUUAUGCAUGACUGAACUUGUUGAUCUGUCCGUCGUGUUUUAAUUUUAUUUCUUAAGUUCUCUAUAGGAUCCUAGUCCAGUUGUAUUGCCAGUCGUCUGUAGGAACUCUCGGUAUUACUUUGUGUUAAGUUCUUCUUAAGUGAGGGCUCUAGCAGUUAUCUUCUCUUUAAGAAGAUCACAUCAGGAGUAGCGGCUAUGUUCAUGUUAUCAUGCAAGAGCACCCUGAAGCCGAUCCGUGGUACAUCUGGGAAGAUCCGGACCCGAGGAAUGGUCUCCGAUGUCUCUCGACCAGGUGUGCCCGCGUCGAGAAUCUGCCCGGUGAUGAGCAGCGACUACAGAUGCUCCAGCAGAAGCCCACAUGCUACAGCUUCUUUGACGACGUUACCAAGUGAGUGUUCUGAAACCUGGAUGAGUCAUCUUUGCAUCCUGAAUAUUCAAGGUUUUUUUAAGAUUCAGUUCGUUUGGUCGGGUGAA